GGCUUGAACCUGUUGCAUCUGCCUGCACUGGCCCACCAACACUACCACCAGCCAGUGUGCGGUACGAGAGGUGGGCUGGGGAGAGCGGCGCCGCGAACACCACCACGAGCUUCUAGUGUCGGACGCACGAUCAGUGUCAACAAGUAUGGUGAACCGAAAGGCAGCGCAUGAGGUGCUGGUGGAGCGACGCGUGCUCUUCGUCGUCACCGGGUUCCUCACGCUGGGCUGCCUGCUAUGGAUUAUCGCAAUGUCCACAGACUACUGGGGCAUUGUGGACGGCGGGACUGGUGUCUACAUCCCGGCCUCUAAGCACUACUUCCUUCGCUCAUACACGGGCAUAUGGAGAACCUGCAGGACCGCCUAUGAAAAUUCAUCUAAGGAAGUUAUCACAGAUCUGUGCACGACUCACAGGAUCUUCACAAAAGCCAAGGUGCCUCAUAAAUCAUUCAUCGAUUACCAGAGGACAGUGGCGUCGUUCUCCAUCAUCAGCCUGCUGGUCAUACUGAUGGGGCUGGUGUUCUCAGGCUACACCUUCACCCACACUCGCUACAUGUACAAGCGCCUGGCAGCUUGUAGCCAUCUUGUUGCAGCUGGGUGUGUGCUGAUCGUGAUAGAGGUGGCCACGUCGCUGUUCCACUACGCGGCUCACCACAUGCCAGACCGUCACCCUCCUAAGACCAACUGGCACUACGGCUAUUCCUUCAUGUUGGCCUGGGUCACCUUCAUAGCGGAGGCCACAGCCACCGUCGCCUUUGGAAUCUGCUCCCGCAAGAGAAAGAAGGACAAGGCUCCUGACGACGAGUAUGCCAUUGACGAGGAGCCGACCAUCAUAGGACGAUAAGACGCUGCAAAACAUGAGGCUGCUGCAGUAUUUUUUGUGAUGGGAAGAAAGUCAUGUUGUAUGUUUUUUGGUUGUAAUUCGUUUUAGGUUUUUUCGUUUCUCUCAUGCAUGUUACAACACUGGAUGUUUGUUAUAUAGUGUUAUGUAAGGAGGGUUAUUGCUUGCUGCACUGACUGACUGCAUCGGGAUAUUAGGAAUCCACUCUUUGAAACACACACACGAUAGAUACAUCAGUUAGAAGAAAUAAAAGUAGAAAACAAGAAUUAACAAUAAAAUCAUUACGGUAUCACGACAGUCAUUACAUCACCACCAUAUCAUCACCAUUACAAUUACCUUAACAUAUCAUCAUCAUCAUCAUCAUUACAUCUAUAAUUCCAGUGCAGGACAAACGCAUGAUCUCUAUAAGCUGUUUGCAAGUUCAAAGCUCAACAAAACAUCUCCAUCCUGUCUUAAAACACACAUUAUUCCAACUACACUAGUCUAACUCAAGUAGAGCAGCUCAGUUAACUAGGCAAUUCAAGAUAGAAAGAUAGUUAAAAAGUAUAUCUAAUUAAUUCAAGGUGAUUAGUGCUAAAUGUCUAACUAUAGCAAUACCCUAACGAGACUCCGAUUCAGAUGAGCUCAAUUAGUUAGGCAAUUAAAAAUAGAAUAGUAGUUAAGGGCUACAUUCAACUAAUUAGUACGAUUUCCUGUGUGGUGUAAUUAGUCAUGCGGUUAGCAAUAACCAAAGCCUACAAGUGCGUACUCUAAGUAUUAAGCCAAUGUAUUUAAUUCUUAAGAUGUUUACUAUUGCUGUUAUUGUUUUAUCCAUCUUCAUCCAUUAUCAAAUACACACUGCAAGCUUUUGAAGACUCGUAGACGUAGAUGAAUAAUUCUUAUAAGGACGCAGUGAUCAUGCCCCUUUCGAGACACUGAAUCGAACGGGUUUCAGAAUCACUCACUGACACGUGUUUUAUAAUACACGUGUCACUUUCAUGCUUCUGGGAGACACAGUGCUGGUUCACACAUUCAUAACUGUUCUAGUACUCAAGAAAAGUCGAAAUAUUAACAAAAAAUUCUUAGUUAUUCAUAGAAAAGAACCCGUUGUUUUAACUUGAAUUAUUAUGAUUCGGUGGGACGUUCGAAAUUGAUCCUCCUUGUCACUUCGCCUCUUACACAAUUUUUUUACUUACACAUAGAAUAGACGAUUGUUAUCAUGCUGAGGUUUGGUACUGCUGGAUGGAAAGUCCUAAACUUUGAUUCUCUGUAUUAUUUCUUACCUUCUACAAAACAAAAAGAGUAACAUUAGAAACAGUGACACUCCCAAGUGAUCACGAUGAAUGGCCACCUGAGCUAUAAGCCACAAGAGAGAACCCUGAACUUCCCUAAUCAAAACUUCGUACUCUAAGUAAUCAGGAGCACAAGGCAUUAGGUAGAGGUACUAGGAUACAUUUCUGUGGUUACGCGGAGAGACUGAAAGCUGGUGAUCUUGGCUGGCCAGAGACACCUUGAUCGAUACGGUGACGUGGGGAUGAUGGUGUACUGGAGGGAACUCUAGGUCGCACUGCUACUGGUAAUUGCUUGUUAGGUCUUCUUGCCAUCUAAUUUUAUGGUUAUCUACCCAAACUAAUUGCACCACGGAUAGUUUAGAUUAAAAUGUGGUGGUUGGUUGGGUCGACACGUCUCUACUCGCUUCUUGUGACCUGGUUACUUCUUCGUGUUCAUCUGGCAUCAGAGUGAACGAUCUUUAAAGGAAGUAUAACGCAGGCAAUAGACAGUUUGGAUACAAGUUUGGCAAUUCGUUGGUUCGAUACAUCCCUGUUCGCUUGUUGUGGCUUGGUAACUUUUUCGUGUUCACGCGGUAUUAGAGUGUUCGCUCUUUAAGGAAAUAUAACACAGGGAUAGGCAACACAGGGAUAGGCAGUGUCUCUCAGAAGCACAAACAAAGUACAUAAUCACAAUAAAGACAAUUCUUGGUGGGGUAUUUCCGAUAAGACCCAUUUAGUGGUUAAACUUUUUCUCCCAAAAGCAUCACAAUCAUUUAGAAGUUAGUUGUAUUUUCAUUUCUUGUUAAAAAUGUUUGCUAAGUCCCAUGAGAUAACUUCCCUCAUUCCCUCCGAUCGUUGAGAACAAAACUAUUCGAUUUCAGACUUGCAAAUUUAUACAAUAAUACCAGCUGCCUUAUUACACCGGGACCUGAUUUUCAAACACUUUAGUGUCUCAUCAUGACUAAGUAACAGCCUGUAGAGGACAUUAUAGCAGUUUUCAAGGGAUCUUGAUCAAUCUGGUAAUACAGUAACAAGAAUUUUUUAUUAUUAAUUGGAAAAAACACUCAUUAGAAUCACUUAAUUAUCUAUGUGGCACCUGAAGACAGUCCUGAUGAGAAAACAAAGCGUUUCAAAAUGCAGGGACUGCCGUGGUGCUCUACAACCUGCUUGGUGCCGUGCGUCACUACUCCAGUACGUUAUGAAAGCACACUCAAAUCUUUACAAUGUACUUACAGUCACUUGGUCGGAAGGUCCUGGAAGGUCCAACACUCGCUUCCACUGUGUUUAUGGUUCCUCUUAAUCUGAAGUUAUUUGUCCUGAUUACCGCAGCAAAACGUAACGUGUUGAUUCCAAACAUCUCUUGAGAUUGAGAAGCACAGGUGAUGGCCAGAUAACGCCGUCCAAUGCAGGUCUUGGCACAUGGAUUAAGGUAGCCAGUUCCUUUCCUCGUCUAUAGCCUUCCCAGUCAUUGCAAACCAGUACCCACUCGUUCCAUACUCGGUCUCGACCAGGAUUCGAAAUUAUGAUUUCUUGUGUGCUGUAGUCAAACGCGCUACCACUUACGAUAAGCCACCACGAUCAACACAAGUGAAGUGAAUGCAGAAUCUCACACGACUGCUCCCCCGUGACUGUUCCUCCUCACCCUGCCAGACCUCUAGUCUCUUUCAGAACAGGUAUCGAAGCAGCAUCACUCUGGCUCUACUAGACAGGACUCAGAGUGAAGCGAUCCAAAGUACACACCUGGCCACAUUACCUGGCCUUACUGUAUUACCUGUAAUGAGUUUAAUUUUCUAGUCCAGGGUGGUAUUGAAUCUGAAGUCAACCAUGUACAGUAUUUAUUAUCAUUAUAUUCGGUGUGUCUGUCAUUUUCUUACAUCCCUCGUAUGAUAUUUAAAGAACUACAAUGUAUUACCAAGUCCUGUAAUUUAUAUAAAACAUAUUUGCUU